AUGAUGACUUUACAGGAACUAAAACAGGACAGUGAUCCCCACUUAACACGCUGGUUCCAGCUGGUCAACACAGGGGAUAAUUCCUUAUGUUUCAGCCUUAAAGGUCUUUACCUUCCCCGGUAUAAUCCAUAUGGAAUCCAUGUGGAAUCCAUGGAAUCAAUGUUGGCUGAGCACACAUAUUUUGAUUGUAUUCAAAUCCUCAAUACUGGCUCACAUACUAGAAUAAUACUUCUAUCACAGUAUCUUAACUUUGAACAAAAUAUCUUCAAUAUACUGAUUGGCCAAUAUUUUAAGAGUAUGAUUCUUCAGGAUAAGAUACUUUGA